UUCGUCGGGUGUGUAUGAACCACCUACCUAAUCUACGGCGCAUGUUACCCAUCAACGCCGCAUAUAUCACCAGAUUUCAUCUACCGGACACGAAUGAUUUUUGUCCGAGCUAAUGAAAAAGCAUGGUUACACUAUGUUGUACCAGUGCUAGUUUUAUUUUGGAAUGUGGGAUUUUAUCGAGUUUUUAGGCCGUUGAUGUCAUAGAAUGAGAUCAACAUUUGGCCCGCUGGACUACUCAGUUCCCCAGCCCUAUACCAGCCACUUAGCCAACGGUUAUGGACCAUCAUAGUUCAUAUUCAGUACCGGAUCCAGCUAAACGGGUAGGACUACAGAAUGUAAUCUGGGUUUGAGAAGCAUCUAAUCCAAGUUUCAUAGUUUCUGCAACUUAGCUCAAGUGGAAGAAGAACAACACAGAUAAACCUUCGACUAAAGAAAAUGAAGCUUUUUCUUCGUCUCCGCAACCCCAAUUUCCAAUACAGAAAUCUUUGCAGCAUACCCAAAUCUUUCUCACCAGAAAAUGAUGACGAAAAAGAGGAAGGAUUUAUAAAAAUUCUCAGAGAAAUCAUGAAAGGAAAACAGAAUUGGUCCCAAUCAUUCAAUAAUACAUUCAUUACCCAGAGACUAAAGCCAGUGCAUGUUGAAAAAACAUUGAUUCUAACACUUCUUGAUAAUGAUGGUGGUGGUGAUCCAAGGUUAGCUUUAAGAUUUUUUAAUUUCUUAGGUUUACAUAAAAAAUUUGAUCAUUCAAUAAUAUCAUUUUGUAUAUUAAUUCAUGGAUUAGUUCAAUUUAAUCAUUAUUGGCCUGCCCAUUCAGUUCUUCAAACGUUACUUCUUCGCGGAUUAAGCUCUAAUGAAGUAUUUGAUUCACUAAUGUAUGUGUAUGAAAAAUACAAUUUUAAAUCUAUUCAGGGGUUUGAUCUAUUGAUUCAGAAUUAUAUUCAAGAUCGACGUGUAUUAGAUUGUGUUAAGAUUAUUAAUCUAAUGAUUAAGAGAGAUUUGUUUCUUGAAGUUAGAACUUUUAGUGCGGUUUUGAGUGCGUUGGUGAAGAUCAAGAGAUUUGAUGUUGUUUUGAGUAUGUUUGAUGAGAUGGUGAAGUUUGGGCUGAAGCCUGAUGUUUAUGUUUAUACGGCGGUGGUCAGGAGUUUUUGUGAAUUGAAGGAUUUUGUUGGGGCGAUGAAGAUUGUUAAGGAGAUGGAGAAUGAUGGUGGCUUGGAAUUGAGUAUUGUGACUUAUAAUAAUCUGAUUCAUGGGCUCUGUAAAGAGCAUAGAGUUUUAGAGGCUGUUGAGGUUAAGAACUCCUUGAGUGUUAGGAAACUGAAAGCUGAUGUUGUAAUGUAUUGCACGCUUGUGCUUGGACUUUGUAAAAUUGAAGAAAUGGAAAUUGCUUCGGAUAUGAUGGAUGAGAUGAUUGGUUUAGGGUUCGUUCCUAGUGAAGCUGUGUGUUCUGCGCUAGUUGAGUUAUUAAGAAGGAAAGAUAAGAACUUAGAGGCUUUCUUUAUGGUUGACAAGUUGGCGAAGCUGAGAUUAGUACCUACAUUGUUUUCUUAUAAUGCUCUGAUGAACUCUCUUUGCAAAUGUGGGAAAUUGGAUGAAGCAGUGUCAUUGUUCACUAAGAUGAAAGAAAGGGGUCUGUAUGCAAAUGACGUUACAUAUUCAGUUUUGAUUGAUUCGUACAGCAAGAAUCGAAAAAUGGAUGAAGCAAGACAUCUUCUUCAUAAAAUGGCUGAGGAGCAUAUAAAGGCGACUGUCUAUACUUACAAUUCCUUGAUAAAUGGGUACUGCAAGUUAGGGAGAAUGAAAGAGGCAGAGUCACUGUUUAAUAAGAUGAAUAUUCAGGGAUUGGAACCAACUGUGAUAACGUAUACAACAUUAAUAAGUGGAUAUUGUAGAGAAGAAGAUCUGGGUAACGCAUUUAGGCUUUAUCAUGAGAUGUCAAGUAGAAGCAUCCCACCAAACACACACACAUUUACUGCAUUGAUUGGAGGUCUUGGUUGUGCAAAAAUGAUGACUGAGGCGGAUAAUAUGUUCAAUGAGAUGUUGGAACAGAAUGUUAUCCCAAACGAAGUAACAUAUAAUGUUCUGAUUGAUGGACAUUGUAGGCUGGGAAACACAGUGAAAGCGUUUGAAUUACUUGACGAAAUGAUAGAGAAGGGCCUUGUGCCAGAUACGUAUACUUAUAGACCUCUAAUAAGUGGUCUUUCUUUGACAGGUAGAGUAUCUGAAGCCAGAGAAUUUGUGGAUGACCUUCAUAGAGGAAACCAAAACCUGAACAUGAUAUGCUUUACGGAAAUUCUACAUGGGCUUUGCAAGGAAGGAAAGUUAAGAGAUGCCUUGAAUGUUUGCAAGGAGAUCACAGCAAAAGGAAUCGACAUUGAUCUUGUUAGCUACAGUGUUCUUAUUUAUGGCGCCCUCAAACAACGAGAUAUGGUGCAUCUGUCACUACUAUUGAAGGAGAUGUAUAAACGAGGAUUCAAGCCUGAUCAUGUGGUAUACACAAGUAUGAUUGAUUCACACUGCAAAUCAGGAAACCUUGUGGAGGCCUUCAAAUUUUGGGAUAAGAUGAUGGAAGACGGGUGCACACCUAAUGUUGUGACCUACACUGUUCUAAUAAAUGGGUUAUGUAAGGCAGGGUUCGUGGAAAAGGCCGAGCUGCUGUGUAAGGAGAUGUUGGCUACAGAAUCCAUCCCUAAUCAGGUAACUUAUGGUUGUUUUCUUGAUAAUCUCACAAAGGAAGGACAUAUGGAGAAAGCUUUGGAGCUGCAUAAAUCUAUGCUUAGGGGGUGUUUAGCAAAUACGGUGACUUACAAUAUACUUAUUCGAGGAUUUUGCAAAUUGGGUAGAAUGCGAGAGGCAUCAGAACUUCUUAUGGAAAUGCUUGAUUAUGGUGUUUUUCCUGAUUGUAUUAGUCAUUCGAUACUUAUUUAUGAGUACUGCAAGAGCGGGGAAUUGCAUGAAGCUUUCAAGUUAUGGAAUUUGAUGCUAAGCAUGAAUAUCAAGCCUGAUAGGUUGGCUUAUAAUUUUCUGAUAUAUGGGUGUUGUGUCAAUGGGGAAGUAGCCAAGGCUUUUGAAUUACGAGAUGAGAUGAUGAGGAAAGGAGUUGCGCCAAAUCCGGUCACUUACAAGUUCCUCAAUCAUGGAACUUGCUCAAUUAAUUCCUAAUUUAAUGGUGGAUAGCUAUUUUUCAGGUAUAUUUAGCUUCCCAUUCUUAGCCAUUGCCCAUGGGGAAGCCAUACAUUUUCUGUACGUAUUUACUUGUAAAGUGAUUGGUUAGAAGAGACACGGUGGGUGGACCAGAGAGGAUCAAAAGGUAAUAGCUACGGCUCUAAGGCUUUGAGCAUUGAGCGUUCUUGUAGAUCUGGGUGUUUCUUUGAGACCAACAAGAUCAAGGAUAACUGAGAAUGUUUGGAUACCAACCUCCUAGGCCGGGUCUGAUCAUGGUAUGAUGUCUGGCUUCGUGUGGAAACCCGGGGAAUGGUGGAGCAAGGUUAAGAGUGCUUACUGAUCAUAAACGACAAUUGUGAGGUUUUGGGGGGGCAUCUCUGCAGGUCUUAGGAUCUGCUCCAAUUUCAUUGCGGAGUUGAAUGUAGAGAACAACUAGCUGGAUGUGCGGGUUUUUUCGGAUUCUGCUUCUGCAAGUUAGUUAUGUAAAUCAAAGAGGUUACCUUGGUGCAUGCAGAGAUGAUGAUGAGAACAUUGAGAAGCUAGAAGAACAAUCACAGACAUCAAUUUCUCUUAUGUGGUGAUGGAUGUAAAACUUAAAGGAAAUGAAAUACUAGAAUACAAGUUAUUUUGGUCUUGGGUAGCAGAUGUCUUCUUCUAAAAGAGGUUAAAAUAGAAUCCUAUUAUAAGAAUCCAAACUUGAGGGCUCAUAAGAUGACAAAAUUGAGCCAAUCAAAUAGCAAUCAACAAAAACCCCAUUUUUGAAAAAAAAAAUGCGAAAAGUGAUUUAUAUUAUUAA